UGUACCUACUUGGUACUUGGGAGUACUGAUAGUUGGAAAAUAAAAAGGAAAGGCAAAAAGGCAACCCUUGUGGCGGGGCUCGGGUGCUCUUUACUCAUUGCCCUUAUCUCAGUGCCUUACUGACCGCCCAUUGAUUCAAAUCUUUUUGUCUGAGAAGAGAAGGCAGUUCGUUUAUUUUUUCGUCGUGUUCCGUAUUUUUAUUUUUCAAAACAACAAACGAACGAAUACAAAAAAAAAAAGAAAGAAAUUAAUAAGCCAGUCCGUACAUUUAAUUUAUUUUUUUGCGGACAUCAUCAUCAACAUCAUCAUUAUUGGUCGACCCCAAAGUCCCAAGUACUUUGUGGCGAAACGCAAAAGAAUCUCUGAGAUACUCUGAGGGUCUUGAGAAGAACAAACUCAAAAGUGUGCGGAUUGAUACGGGCGGUGACGACGGCAGUAUAAAGUUUGUUCCACAUUUUGUUGCUUCUGUAUAGUAGAGAGUCGGGGGUGUUUAUGGGUUAUUUGUCGUCGCUAAUGACUUAAUUCAUUUCCCAGACCCAAACUCUCGAUACGAUAAAUUAAUAUCUCGGCCUCUGGUUUGAGAAUGUAGAAUCGCUGUUCGCGGGUUUGAAAAACUGAGAACUCACACUCUGAUGGUAACGUUGUUGAUGACGAGGACAAGUGACUACGGACAGCAGAAAAGUGUAUUAAUUAAGUCGCUAGAGAGCUCAUGUUAAUAAUAUUUAUUAAAAAAUUAGAAAUAACUGUUAAUUGUUUUGACCCCAACGUCUGGCUGAGUAAUAUAAAAAAAACUCAGAAAAAACAAAACAAGUGAGAGUGGCUGCACAGUAUUUGGUUUUUUAAAAAAGGCCUGUGUUGGAUCAGUUAAUCUUUGAACUGCAGUUCGAGUGCACAUCUCGCACGCAUUUCAAAAAUGGAUUUCUAUACAAAUUAUCAAAAUUUUACCUACGACACUAAUAGCAAUAGCAAUAGUCGAGUGAGUCCAAGUGAAUCGGACUCAUCAAAUAGCCCCUUAAAACCCCGACAGGAAGUGAAUGCUCGUGAAAGAUUUCGCACUCAAAGUCGCGUUUCCAGUGUUAACACAGCAUUUAAUACUUUGAGAACGUUAAUUCCAACUGAACCAUCUGACAGGAAGUUGUCGAAAAUUGAGAUACUUCGAUUGGCCAAAAGUUAUAUAGCUCAUUUGGAUGCUAUAGUUUUGACAGGAACUACAGAGAAACCUUGUACUAGUCACAGUCUUCAAGGUCAUAAUUGUGCUGUUAUUGAAGGAGAUUCUGGAACAAGGUCGAAUAUUUGUACUUUUUGUGCUAAAGCAAUCAACGCUCGAAGCUGAUGUAGGUUUAUUAAAGUGUUAAUUGAGGAAUGUACAUAAAGGUUAUUUAAAUACAUAUUUUAGUCUCUUAAUAAAAACAAAAAUUAUUUUAAAAUUUUAA